AUGGCAGCAAAGAAAGCACAGGCUUACUUAAAGGAGGUGAGCAUUGUUCUGCCAAUCUUCAAGGAGAGAUGGCUGUCACCAGCGAAACAUUCAGAGUUUUAUCUGGACUCUAAUUAUCAUGUAAUAAGCUUCGAUUUGUCGCGGAUCCUGCCAGUGGAGCUCCGGGAAGCCAUCAUGGUUGGAGGCAACGCUUCCUUAACCAACGAAACCGAUGCUUCAGGUUUUAUGCAGUGUGUUGAAGAUUAUCUCCUGACUUUUCUUAUGAUUUUAACAAUAAUAGUAAUAAUUUUGGGAAACAUAUUUGUCGUUUUAGCAAUUUUGACGUACAAACCGCUACGAAAUGUCCAAAACGUUUUCUUAAUUUCUUUAGCGGUGGCUGAUUUGAUGGUUGCAAUACUUGUAAUGCCGCUUCAUAUCUCGAACAAACUCCGUGGUAGCUGGAAAUUUGGAGGACCGAUGUGUAACUUUUGGGUGACUUGUGAUGUGCUGCUGUGCACUGCAUCAAUAUUAAACCUAUGUGUCAUUGCUCUGGACAGAUACUUUGCCAUACACGAUCCUCUCAGUUAUGCACAAAAACGCACCAUGACACGUGUUCUUCUCAUGAUUGUGGCAGCUUGGGUGGUCAGUGCAGUAAUAAGUGUACCACCUCUGUUUGGAUGGAUUGACAAUCCAAAUAACAGCUUAUACAAAGAAAAUACUCAACAAUGUAGUUUAACAGGAGAAAAAGGUUAUAUCAUAUAUUCCUCAUUUGGAUCGUUCUUUAUACCUCUCAUUAUCAUGACUUUUGUUUAUAUCAAAAUUUUUUUUGCGACCAGAGAGAGGCUCCGAAAAAGAGCAAAAGCUUCAGCCGCCUCUAAAAUGGCUCUCUUGAAGAACAGAUCACCUCCAUCACCAAAUUUAACAGCGGAACAGAUCUCUGAAGACAGUAACGAAAACAAUGAACAGCAUAAUCGUGAAUUCAGCUAUAAUACCACACCAAAUCAUUCAAACCAUCUUCUCAAUGAAAGAAUCGUCGAACAUGCCAACACUAUGGAGAACUUCUUCAACCAGAGACAAAAGAUUUCGUUAUCGAAGGAACGGAAGGCUGCCCGUACUCUGGGGAUAAUUGUAGGUGUGUUUGUUCUUUGCUGGCUCCCGUUUUUCAUUAUGUACGUGACUGUUCCAUUCUGCACCUCGUGCAACUUACCUCCUGGUGUAGAGAUGGGAAUAACAUUUCUAGGAUAUGUCAAUUCAGCCCUUAACCCAAUCAUAUAUACAGUUUUUAGUGUUGAUUUUAGAAAGGCCUUCCAUUUCCUUGUUCAGAAGUAUCUAAAAUUUAGAAGACCCGAAAGGCAUAAUAAUCUGCACCUAAAAUCGGUAAAUAUUAGGAAAUAA